UCAGUCACGAUCGGAAAGUGGCGCCUUAGACGUCUCGGAAUCAAACGGGUUGUGUGAACGGUGGCAGGUGGUUUGAGCCAGAGCUACUUGGAGUAGGAUGAUUAUAUCGGCUAAAAGUGUUCUUUGGCUUAGAAACUGUCGCAAAAGCGUACUUUUAUUGACUUUUAAGGAGGAGGUCGUGCCGAUUGUGUGGAAUGUUGGAACGUGUUGAUAUACGGUCGGAAUACGAUCGUUGGGGUUCAACUAACAUGCCAGUCUCUUGUCUAAUCUAAGCAAUAAGUGCGGAAUACGAACCGCGCCAGUAGUAAGCUCUCUGGAUAAUAACAAGCGUCUCAGAAUAGACAAUAAAACUUGCUGUGACGCGGGAAAGCAGCGGGCUUGAGAAGAAGGGGUUGUUUGAGCGGCGAGCGGAGAGCACAGAGAAGGAUCCAAACACCAAAAGAGUCUGCCCCAUCAAAUGAGCGUUGAAUUAAAAGAACGUUACCCGAACUACGCCACUUCAGUCAGUCACUGACAACGAACCCGAAACAAUCGACCGCGACGGGUAAACGACAAAAAAAACAAACGAAAAGCUAAUUACCAGCAGGCAUAAAGGCCAUUUGGAAUAUUAACUAAUUAAAGCCGGAGUGACCCAUCCACAAAAUGCGCGUCGGGAACGAAGAUCAAUCUGUAGCCGUCCCCAUGCCCGACGCGGGUGCGACCCCCUCAGUAGCUUCGGCAGACCGUCAGGGGGCCGCGGACCGUCGCCUGACACAGCGGCUGCUCCUGGAGCUGCUGGUCGUAGUGGUUCUCGUCAUCCCCAUCUGCGUGUACGAGUUCGCAGUGGACCCGGUGCGACGCGGCUUUUUCUGCGCCGACGAGACCAUCGCCUACCCCUUCAGGGAUAACACCAUCACCCCGGUGAUGCUCGGCCUGAUCGUUGGCCUGCUGCCGUUACUAGUCUUCGUCUUGGUGGAGUACGUCUCCCAUCUGCGAGCGGGCCAGAUUGGGGAAACGCAAGUUGUGCUGCAGUGGCGGGUCUCCACCUGGUACGUGCAGCUAGCCCGCCAAGCCACCUACUUCAUCUUCGGGCUACUGCUGACCUUCGACGCCACCGAGGUGGGAAAGUACACCAUUGGACGCCUGCGUCCGCACUUUCUGGCUGUAUGCCAGCCGCAGCUCACGGACGGCAGCCUGUGCUCGGAUCCGGUCAACCUGCACCGCUACGUGGAGAACUAUGAGUGCGCGGGCGAGGGCUUCUCAGUCGAGGACGUGCGCCAGUCGCGCCUCAGCUUUCCAAGUGGACACUCCAGCUUAAUAUUCUACGCCAUGCUGUACGUAGCCCUCUACUUGCAACUAAAGAUCACCUGGCGAGGUUCGAAAUUGGGGCGUCACUUCGUGCAGUUCUUGCUUAUCAUGCUGGCUUGGUACACAGCUCUUAGCCGGGUGAUGGAUAACUGGCACCACUGGUCUGACGUCCUCUGCGGCUCGCUUCUAGGCAUAGUCGGCGCCCUGGUCACCGUCCGUUUCAUUGCAAGGAUGUUCGAUAUGCCCUUUAGGCGAAUGGAGGGCCUCCUCGGCGGGGGGCUGCGGAGGGAGAACACGGCGGCCACCCUGCAGGAGGAAGUCUGCCCCAGCACCCCACCACCCUACUCAGCGAACAGCAACUACAGCGAAGAUGAUUAUCGCACGAAAGUGUAGGAGCCCAAUGUAAAACCAAAACAUUCCAAAGCUAGCAAUAAAGAUUUUAUCAAGGAGGCGAGCAGUCCGACUUGUCCCUACUA